AUGUCUGUACUUAAUAGUGUAGUGAAGUUCGUGAAAUAUUCUACUAAACCAGCAGUUUGUUAUAUGGCUAAACAUGUAUCUGUUACUAGACCAGAUGCAAUAGAUUUUGCUGCAAAAUUGAUCAAUUCUGGAUUAGUUAUUGCUGUGCCAACAGACACAUUGUAUGGACUAGCGUGUGAUGCCACAAAUUUGGAAGCAAUAGUUAAACUUUAUGGUGUGAAACAAAGAAGUGAAUAUAAGCCAGUAGCUAUUUGUUUAGCAAAAAUCAGCGACAUUAGUUUAUGGGCAAACAUAAAACACCUUCCAGAGGGUUUGCUGGAUGAAUUAUUUCCUGGUCCAGUAACAGUUAUUUUAACUAGUCUUGAAAAACUAGACCAAUCUGUCUGCAGAAAAAACAAGAUAGGAAUACGAAUACCAAAUCAUAGUUUUAUAACAGAUUUAGUAUCUAAAGUUCAAAAGCCUUUAGCACUUACCAGUGCAAAUCUUAGUAACCAACCCAGUACUGUCAGUCCACUUCAAUUUAAAAAUAUUUGGGAUAAGAUUGCUGGAAUAUUUGAUGGAGGUAUCACAAAAAAGGUGUUGCCUAUGAAGCCAGCACUAAUAUUUUAA